UUGUCAAAACAUAAUUAUGUCUCAGAUGAACGGCGGUUCCCGAAGUCGGCAGAGGAUUCGCAAACCUGCGCCGGCGCUAGACAUUCCAGAUAUCCACGAGAACGCUGCGGAGCGCAAGCGUAUCUUGAACGUGCUUGCCCAGCGGCGAUAUCGACAACGCAAGCGAGAGGCUCGACUUGCCGCCCGAGCGGAGAGUUUGCACCAGCGCUUGACGGAGAACCAGGCCGAAUUGGAGGGCGAUACAUCGCCUUGUUCUGCUGAUGAAACCAAUCGUUUCUUGCGUCAAGAGCAUGCUCAGCGAGGAUCGCAUGAAACGUUAGAUGAACAACAGCCGUCCUCCGAGCAUUUGACGUUCCCCUUGGAUAGUACUACCUUAUCCAACCUUGGAAAUCUCGACAACGAUGAGGUCCAGCUUCUCUCAACUACCUCGCCGUAUUAUAUUGUGUCCGACGCAUUCAACCCUGACCACACAAUUCGCACCUCACCUUCGCUAGCGGACGACUACACAUCUGGCGACGGGACCUCCUCGAUCGCCUCUAGCAGCACUACUUUUCCAGAUAGCUAUUUCCUCCAGGUUCCACCUUUGACCCUGCUCCGUGGCCUCUUCCGCAUUGCGAUGCGCCUUAAUGCCGCAUCCUCCGUGUUUUCUUUGACCUCGAUUUCGCCCUUCAACCUUGGGCUCGGCCCCGACCCCUCGGAAAUUCCGCCAGCAUGGCGGCCAACUGCUGCUCAGCUGUCGGUGCCACAUCACCCAGUGCUGGAUCUGUUCCCGUGGCCUCCCGUAAGGGAUCGACUUAUCGAGGUCUUGAGCCUCACCGAGCAGAGUGCUGAGAUUGGUUUGAUGGAGACACCACGGCUGGUCAAUUUCAUCUACGACAUGGAGGACGCCGGCGAAGGGAUACGAAUAUGGGGAUCAGACCCCUACGACGAGACACACUGGGAAGUCGGCCAAGUGCUUUAUGAGCGGUGGUGGUUUGUGUUUGAUAGGAGCACUGUAGAACAGAGCAACUACUUGCGGAUGCAACGGGGGGCUGCACCGCUGAGAGCGUCUCAAUAUAGGUAGUCAGGCGGAUACUUUGUAAUGAGUUCAUGGAACAGUGGCCGAGUGGCAGGGAACUAUCAACGUCUGGCGAUAAUAGAGAACCCAAAAUCUCCCCUCUG